AUGCCUCUCUGCAAGGUUAUAGAAAGAUUGGAUGCUGAAAAAAGCCUUACUGAGUCUGCACCAACUCCAACUGUCACUUAUUGUCAAAGGAAUAAGUCUGAUAAUGAUAUCUUUGUCUCCAAUUUGAGGCAUCACCUUCAUGAGUUAAUCCACUCUCCUAUGGAAGAACACAAGGCUUGCUUGAAAGCAACUUUUCAGAAGAUUAUGGGAAAGUUUUCAGAAAGAACUACUAUCCCCAAGGAAGGUGAAAAAUCUCUGCCGCUAGAGACUACUGCGAAUAACUAG